ACGGAGCUGGCUUCUGCUUUCCGUUAGCGCUUCGCUGCACGGACAGAUGCAUACAAAUGCAUUUAGGAGCCCACAGGACAAGGCGUGGAAAGGUCUCCCACACGGCAAGAACGAAACUGCUUCCUUUUAUUGUGCUAUGUGUGGCAGGGGCUGCUGUUCAUGCACAAGAACAAGGCAUAGAUAUUCUUCAUCAACUAGGCCUUGGAGGCAAAGAUGUAAGACACUUAUCAUCAGUGACUGCUGCACCAUCAUCAUCUACACCACUACCUCAGGGGGUCCAUUUAACAGAAUCAGGUGUCAUUUUAACAAAUGAUGCUUACAUUGAGUCACCUCUCAGGAAAAUUUUACCAGUUCACUUAGAACAGCCAUUUACACUAUUAAUUGGGUUACAGUCACAUAAAGUAAACAAUGCAUUUCUCUUCAGCAUUAGAAAUAAAAAUAGACUGCAAUUAGGAGUUCAGUUAUUACCUAAGAAAGUAGUGGUACACCUUGGAGGAAAGCAGUCUAUAUUUUUCAGCUAUAGUGUUCAUGAUGAGAGAUGGCACUCAUUUGCCAUCACUAUUAGAAACCAACUGGUCUCAAUGUUCGUGGAGUGUGGAAAGAAAUCUUUUAGCAGAGAGACUCUUUUGGAACUUCAGACCUUUGAUUCUAACAGUGUGUUCACCUUAGGAAGUAUGAACAAUGAUUCUGUCCAUUUUGAAGGAAUAGUAUGUCAGUUGGAUAUUAUUCCUACUGCAGAAGCAUCUGCCAACUAUUGCAGAUAUAUGAAACAGCAGUGCCGCCCUGGGACAAACCUUCUUCAUACAACCAUCGUACCCGCUAAGAUACCAGAAAACGCUCCCUUACCUAAACCAUUUGGUGAACAUAUACUGUCAGGAGACACACUUACCAAAGGCAGAAACACUCCGAAUAUUAUCAGCAAUGAAUCUGCAAUAGCAUAUACACAACAAGAACACCAGACAUCAAGAUCUCAGUUAACUUCUCUUCACCCAGGGAAUGUCUCUGCUGUGGAUCUUGAGAGCCAUGGGAUUCAGGACAAAGAAAUAAUCACUGAGGAACAUACUCAGACAAAUCUCAGCCUGUCAAUGACCCAUCAUCUCCUCAGUGAGGCAAGAACAGAUACCCAGGAGAAAUUUAGUUCUCUCUCAAAUGUGUCCAGCAAUUUAACACAACGUAAUGAUAGAGUAACUGGGCUGAUUCUGUUUAAGAAGAUACCAUCUAUUCUUCCACAUAAAAAACAAGAUACAGUUAUUAAUGGCAAGAAGGCUAUCACGGCAGAUCUACAAACUAAUGAACUCAUGGAACUGCAACAGAUUUUAAAUACAACCUUGUAUAGAGUGACAGAUGAGCCGUCUGUGGAUAAUCACCUUGAUCUAAGGAAGGAAAGUGAAAUCGAUCCUGAUGCUACUUAUCCCAUUGAAAAUAGCUAUGAAACUGAGCUUUAUGACUACUAUUACUAUGAUGAGGAUCUUAAUACAAUGCUCGAAAUGGAGAAUCUGAGAGGGCCAAAAGGGGACACUGGACCUCCCGGUCCACCUGGUCCAGCCGGUAUCCCAGGUCCCUCAGGAAAGAGAGGCCCACGGGGCAUACCAGGACCACAUGGAAAUCCUGGGUUGCCUGGAUUACCAGGUCAAAAGGGCCCCAAAGGAGAUCCAGGAUUUUCCCCAGGUCAGGCUACUUCUGGACAAAAGGGUGAUCAAGGCUUGUCUGGAUUAAUGGGCCCCCCUGGUGUGCAAGGUGAGAAGGGUCUCAAAGGACAUCCAGGCCUCCCAGGACUCCGAGGUGAACAAGGAAUUCCAGGAUUCACUGGUAAUAUUGGUUCACCUGGUUAUCCUGGCAGGCAGGGUCUAGCUGGCCCUGAAGGUAAUCUAGGUCCUAAAGGUGUACGAGGUUUCAUUGGCUCUCCUGGGGAAGCAGGACAGCUGGGGCCGGAAGGAGAGAGAGGUGUUCCUGGGAUUCGUGGAAAGAAGGGUCUUAAGGGAAGACAGGGUUUUCCAGGUGACUUCGGAGAGAGAGGCCCCGCUGGUCCUGAUGGUAGUCCUGGACUUGUAGGUAACAUUGGUCCUCCUGGAUUUCCUGGGCUUAGAGGCAGUGUUGGCCUAGUGGGGCCAAUUGGACCUUCUGGAAUUCCUGGCCCAAAGGGUCUUUCAGGGAAUAAGGGCGUUCCUGGAAUCAAAGGUGAUAAGGGGGAACAAGGCGUGGCAGGGGAGCCCGGAGAGCCAGGGUAUCCUGGAGACAAGGGCACCACUGGUUUUCCAGGACCACCAGGCAUGAGAGGGAAGCCGGGACCUUCAGGCAAAGUAGGUGACCCAGGACCCCAAGGACCAUCUGGCCUUCCAGGACCAGAGGGUUUUCCAGGUGAUAUUGGUAUUCCUGGACAAAAUGGCCCUGAAGGAUCAAAGGGAGUCCUUGGAAAUAGAGGGCCUCCUGGACCUCCUGGUCUCAAAGGAACUCAGGGAGAAGAAGGAUCAAUGGGACCUGUUGGAGAACUGGGGCCACGUGGAAAACCAGGUCCAAAGGGAUAUAUAGGUGAACCAGGACCAGAAGGCUUAAAGGGAGAAGUGGGAGAUCAAGGAAACAUUGGAAAGAUUGGUGAAACAGGACCUGUUGGUUUGCCUGGAGAAGUUGGGAUGAUUGGAAGCAUUGGUGAAAAGGGAGAGCGUGGAAGUCCAGGUCCAGUGGGUCCCCAGGGAGAGAAGGGUGCUAUGGGAUAUCCAGGUCCUCCUGGGGUCCCAGGACCCGUGGGUCCACCUGGCUUACCUGGUCAUGUUGGGGCAAGAGGACCGCCUGGGAGUCAAGGUCCUAAAGGACGAAGGGGGCCAAGAGGAACAGAUGGUCUCUCUGGGGAACAAGGUACACAGGGUGCCAAGGGUGAAAAAGGAGAUCAAGGGAAAAGAGGACCUUAUGGUCUUACUGGUAAGACUGGAAACCCUGGAGAGAGAGGAGCUCAAGGGAAACCAGGUUCACAAGGACCUCCUGGGAGUACUGGAGACAGGGGACUAGCAGGAGAACCAGGACCACGAGGACUGCACGGUGAUGCUGGACCUCCUGGGGAAAUGGGUGCUGAGGGACCUUCGGGUAUUGAGGGAGAGUCUGGUCUACAAGGAGAGCCAGGUGCAAAGGGAGAUGUUGGACCUGCAGGCACUGCUGGAGUUACUGGGGAGCCAGGGUUGCGGGGUGAGCCUGGAGCUCCUGGAGAAGAAGGUCUCCAAGGAAAAGAUGGAUUAAAGGGGAGCCCAGGUGGAAGGGGACUUCCUGGAGAGGAUGGAGAAAAUGGAGAGACAGGCUUACCAGGGGCUGUGGGGCCCUUAGGUAGACCAGGUCUAAUGGGCCCUCCGGGACCUGAAGGAAUUGUGGGAAUUCCAGGUCAAAGAGGUCAUCCGGGAAAAAAGGGUGAUAAAGGACAAAUAGGGCCCACAGGAGAAAUUGGAAGCAGAGGCGCUCCUGGACAGGCUGGGGAAAGUGGUCCUAAGGGUGCCAGAGGAACCAGAGGUGCUGUGGGACAUUUAGGAUUAAUGGGACCUGAUGGAGAACCAGGAAUUCCAGGAUAUAGAGGCCAUAAAGGUCAACCAGGACUUUCUGGGUUGCCAGGACCUAAAGGAGAAAAGGGUUACCCAGGAGAAGAUAACACAGUCCUGGGACCACCUGGGCCUCGAGGUGAACCAGGUCCAAUGGGGGAACAAGGAGAGAGAGGAGAGCCUGGAGAAGAGGGAUAUAAGGGUCAUAUGGGUAUACCAGGACCAAGAGGUGCCACUGGACAACAAGGGCCUCCAGGUGAGCCGGGUGACCAAGGUGAACAAGGACUAAAAGGAGAGAGAGGAUCUGAAGGCCCUAUGGGGAAAAAAGGAGCUCCUGGUGCUUCUGGAAAACCUGGGAUUCUUGGGUUUCCAGGCCUACCUGGGCCAAAGGGCUUGCAAGGAUACCAAGGAACAGAUGGCAUUUCAGGAAACCCUGGAAAAGUGGGACUACCAGGAAAACAGGGACUUCCUGGCAUCAGAGGCAGCCCAGGAAGACCAGGACUGGCUGGGUCUCCAGGUCCUCGAGGAGCAAAGGGUUCACCAGGCCUGCCAGGAAGCCCAGGAGUCCUCGGCCCAAAGGGUGAACAAGGGCUACCUGGUCAACCUGGAAUUCAAGGUAAAAGGGGUCACCGAGGAGCCCAAGGUGAUCAAGGACCAUGUGGAGAGCCUGGCCUGAAAGGGCAGCCUGGAGAACAUGGUGUUCAAGGUUUGACAGGUUUCCAAGGAUUCCCAGGCCCCAAAGGUCCUGAGGGAGAUGUUGGUGUUGUUGGAAUAUCAGGUCCUAAAGGCCCUAUUGGACUGAGAGGCAACACUGGCCCCCUUGGCAGAGAAGGUAUAACAGGCCCAACAGGUAGAACUGGACCCAGAGGUGACAAAGGCUUUAGAGGUGAAACUGGUCCCCAAGGACCAAGAGGUCAACCUGGGCCUCCUGGUCCACCUGGAGCACCAGGCCCAAGAAAACAAAUGGAUAUCAAUGCUGCUAUUCAAGCCUUGUUUGAAUCACAUACUGCCCUACAGAUGGAGAGCUAUCAGAAUACUGAAGUGACUUUAAUUGACUACAGUGCAGAGAUAUUCAAAACCCUGAACUACCUUAGCAAUUUACUGCACAGCAUCAAGAAUCCUCUUGGCACACGCGAUAACCCAGCACGAAUCUGCAAAGAUUUGCUCAACUGUGAACACAAAGUAUCAGAUGGGAAAUAUUGGAUUGAUCCAAAUCUCGGAUGCCCUUCAGAUGCCAUUGAGGUUUUCUGCAAUUUCAGUGCCGGUGGUCAGACAUGUUUAUCUCCUGUUCCUGUGUCAAAGUUGGAGUUUGGAGUUGGAAAAGUCCAGAUGAAUUUUCUUCAUUUACUGAGCUCAGAAGCCACCCAAAUCAUCACCAUUCACUGUCUAAACACUAAAGUGUGGACAAGUGCUCAGACAAGUGGCUCAGGAUUGCCUAUUGGUUUCAAGGGAUGGAAUGGCCAGAUUUUUGAAGAAAACACUCUACUUGAACCUAAAGUGCUUUCAGAUGACUGCAAGAUUCAAGAUGGCAGCUGGCAUAAGGCAAAAUUCCUUUUUCACACCCAGGACCCUAAUCAACUUCCAGUAAUUGAAGUACAAAAACUUCCUCAUCUCAAAGCUGAACGAAAGUACUACAUUGAAAGCAGUGCUGUGUGCUUUCUCUAAGGUCUUUGAAUUAGUUCUGAAUUCAUGCUGUUGGCCAGGUAAUUGCUGUAGAGGGGAAAUAUAGACAGAAAGAUCCUAUCAUUAUGAAAUGCAUGGAAUAAAGCAUUGGCUAAAUCAUAAAGAA